AUGUCCGGCAAGAUGAAGGGCAAGCUUCCCGACAGGCAGCCCAUCGACCUGACCCAGCAGACCGCAUUCCGGCCCUACGCCGGCGCGAAGAAGCUUGUCAUAAAGAACCUCAGGACGUCGUCGACCGAUGAACAGAGCGAAACAUACUGCAAUCGCACGGAACAGGAACUCAGGGAAGCUCUGGUCGCCAUAUUCAGGCAAGAACCGUUGCGACUGUCUCUGGAGAGGCUUUAUAGGGGAGUCGAGGAUAUGUGCAGGCAUGGCAGGGAGAAACAUAUAUACACCCUCCUCUACGACGUCCUCGAGACUCACCUGCAAAGCGACGUCUGGCAAAUCGUCUCCGCCGAAUUUGGUUCCGACAAUAUUGAGAUGCUGCGGGUCGUGAUCAAGCAGUGGCAGCUACUCAACAGGCAGAUUGUCAUCGUUCGAUCCAUAUACAGUUACCUCGACAGGACGUAUGUCCUGGGGGACAAGUCGCUAUACUCUGUUAACGACUUGACGAUUGCGCACUUCAGGAAGAUGCUGUGGGGCGAGAAGACAUCGCUGUCACCCUGGGCCCGAUGUGUGGCUGCCGUUUGCGACAUGGUUGCCUUUGACCGGGCAGAAGACAAGCGCUUCGAUUCCGGACUACUACGAGACAGCAUCAUGAUGUUCCAUGUCCUCAGCAUAUAUCAAAAGUCCUUCGAGAAGGCUUUCCUCAGCGACUCGAAGAAGUAUUUCUUCCACUUCGCCGAGGAGAGAAGCGCGUGGAGCCUGAAGGAGUAUAUCCUAGCCUGCACAGAGUUCCUGGCCUCCGAGGGCCACCGCUGCAAUGCGUAUAACUUUGACACCACGACAAAAAAGCAACUCCUCAAUUCUGCGCAUGACAUCGUGAUCAUAGACUACACGGAGAAGCUCCUGAACCCCGAAAGUCUGGCCAAGCUGUUGGCGGAGAACGAAGUGGGCUCGAUGAAGGCGCUCUACGAUCUGCUGCGGCUGUCUGGGAUCCAGAUCAAGCUCACGGUGCCCCUGACCGAGUACGUCCAACGAGCCGGCGCGGCCAUCGUGGGGGACACCGAGAGGGGCGACGAGAUGGUUAUGAGGCUUCUCGAGCUGAGGAGAUCUUUGGAUAUCAUCGUCAGGGACGCUUUCGGGGGCGACGAGAAAUUCGUCUACGACAUCCGCCAGGCCUUCUGCGCGUUCAUGGACGACCGACAAGCCACCUCGGGCUGGCCGACGGGCACGUCCAAGAUUGGGGAGAUGAUCGCCAAACACAUCGACCUUCUACUGCGCGGCGGCAUCAAAGCCCUCCCCAAGACCCUGCUUUCCGACCACAAGGACCGUGCCGCCGCGGAGCAAAGCGGCCAGUCGAGCACAGGAGACGAAGACGCCGAGCUAGACCGCCAGCUGGAUCAGGCUCUCGAGCUCUUCCGGUUCAUAGAGGGCAAAGACGCAUUCGAAGCUUUCUACAAAAAAGACCUGGCCCGCCGCCUGCUCAUGGGCCGGAGCGCCAGCCAAGACGCGGAGCGGAACAUGUUGAGGAAACUGCGAGACGAGUGCGGUGCUAACUUCACCCGCAACCUCGAGCAGAUGUUCAAGGACCAGGAGAUCGCCAAGGGAGAGAUGGAGGCAUUUAAGGAGCAUACCGCCAGGCUCGAGAGCCAACCGCCUGUCGAUCUGCAAGUGAUGGUCAUCUCCGCCGCCGCCUGGCCGAGCUAUCCCGAAGUCCGACUCCGCAUUCCCAAGGAGAUCGCCAAGGAGGCGGGACGGUUCGAGCAGUGGUACAAGCACAAGCACGAGGGCCGGAAGCUCACCUGGGCGCACUCCCUGGCCAACUGUACCAUCAAGGCCAUUUUCCCCAAAGGCACCAAAGAGCUGUCCGUCAGCGCGUAUCAGGCGGUGGUCCUCGUCCUCUUCAACGACGUAGGUCUGGACGAUUUCCUCAGCUACGAGCAGAUCAGCACCGCCACGGGUCUCCAGGGGGGCGACCUCGACCGGACGCUGCAGUCGCUGGCGUGCGGCAAGGUGCGGGUGUUGACCAAGCAUCCCAAGGGGAGGGACGUCAACCCGACGGACACGUUCACCAUCAACAAGGCCUUCUCGGACCCCAAGAUCAAGAUCAAGAUCAACCAGAUCCAGCUGAAGGAGACGAAAGAGGAGAACAAGGCGACGCACGAUCGCAUCGUGGAGGAUCGCAAGUACGAAACGCAGGCAGUCAUUGUGCGGAUCAUGAAGGCGCGCAAGACCAUGGGCCAUAGCGAACUGCUCGCCGAGGUGUUCAACCACACGCGGAAACGGGGGCCCCUGGAUCCGUCCCAGGUCAAGAAGAUGAUCGAAACGCUCAUCGACAAGGACUACCUCGAACGAGAGGGAAAUAUGUAUCACUACGUGUCAUAG